CAAAAAUUAAGAGAGUUAUUCAGAAAAAUCAAAAUUAAUUAAUUAACACACAAUUAGGAAGUUUAUAAUAGUGAAAAUGAGUUCUAGCUACUAUUUUGCAAUCGUUGGACAUAAUGACAAUCCAAUAUUCGAGCAGGAAUUCAUCAAUUCAAAGGAAGUUAAGAAAGAGGAUCACCGGCAUUUGAAUCAAUUUAUAGCACAUGCAGCACUAGAUCUAAUCGACGAGCAUAAAUGGAAAAAUAAUACAACAUAUCUAAAGUGUUUGGACAAAUUUAAUCAAUUCUUCGUUAGUGCUUUUGUGACAGCAAGUCAAAUCAGGUUUGUCAUGGUUCAUGAUACUCAAAAUGAUACUGGAAUUAAGAACUUCUUUAAUGAGAUCUAUGAGACAUACAUAAAACUAGCUUUAAAUCCCUUUUACAACAUCAACUCUCCAAUCAAAUCAGUGCAGUUCGAAAAGAAGGCACAAAUAGCUGGUAAAAAGUACUUAAGUAAUUAAUAUGUAAUAAUCAAUUCCAC